AUGAUUUAUCAUAAAUUACUACUUUCAAUUAUAACAUUAGCAAUGUUUCUUUUUUGUUUGGUAAUAAAAGAAACAGAAUCAUUGCCAUUGAAAUCGCCAAAUCAAGAAGAUGAAAUUAAAUGCCCACAAUCCAUUCAGUCCACCAAAAAAUAUAAAGGAAAACCCAAACAAUUUUUAAUUAUACUUAAAUCUAACAAUGAUACUCCACUACAACGUCGUGGUAAUUCAGAUAAUGGAAAAAGUGUUUUAAAUAGACACUUAAAAUAUAUGAAAAAAUGUUGGGGAAAUGAUAUUCCAUCAUCAUUGCCAGAAGAUGUUGAUCAGAUUUCAACCAACAGCAAUGAUAAUAAAUUCACUUCAUUUUUAUCUGAACAACUUGUUGGAUACUCUGCACCAUAUGAUCCUGAAUUUGUUAAAGAUCAAUUAGUGAAAUCAUCAGAAAUUGAAAUAAUAGAACCAGUGUUACCAGUCAAAGCAUCACUUUUACCAAAUUUAUUGGUACAAAACAAUCCAAAUAUAAAUUUGGAUCGUAUAGAUCAACGAAAACUUCCAUUAGACAAAAAAUUCAGGUUUCCAGCCUCACAAGGUUCAGGUGUAAAUGUUUACAUAGUUGAUACUGGGAUAAAUGUUAAACAUCAAGAAAUUAUAGGACGAGCUCGACAUGGUGGCUCAUUUUGUCCAAAUUGUCCUGCUAUAGAUGACCAUGGACAUGGAACACAUGUAGCUGCCUUAGUUGGUGGAAAAACAUUUGGUGUAGCAAGAAAAAGUAACCUGAUAGCAGUCAAAGUGUUAAAUAGCUUGGGUAGUGGAACUACGGCAGGUGUUUUGAGUGGAUUAACAUUUGUAUUGAAUCAACACAAAUCCAGCUCUAAUAAGAAAACAGUGGUUAAUAUGUCACUUGGUGGACCACUGUCACAAGCACUAAAUGCUGCUGUAGAAGCUCUUACUAAGGCUGGUAUACAUGUGGUAGUAGCAGCUGGUAAUAGUAAUACAGAUGCAUGUUCAAAAUCACCAUCAUCUGUUCCAUCAGCAAUCACAGUUGGAGCAACUGAUCUUGUUAAAGUUCUUGGUGUCAUUACUCUUGAUAAAGUGGCCAGCUUUUCUAAUUUUGGCAAAUGUGUGGAUAUUUUUGCACCAGGAGAAAACUGUCAUUUUAUGAGGUUGUCUAGUUGGAAAGAUCAAGAUGUUUUGAAAGAUGAAAAUUGUUGGAAUAAAGUAUUAGGAUGUAUUCCUAAUGAAGAAAUAAAAAACACUUUAACAAAACAUUGGUUGGAAAACCCAUCACAAACAUCUUCAGAUAGGUGGAAGAAUAUAACAGAUGAAUUAAAUAAAAAAAAUUUAUCAAUGUGUGAAAAUGAAAUCAUUCUUCAAUAUGCAUAUCCAAGGCUUGAUAGAGCAGUAUCAACAACCAUUAGUCACUUAUUGAAAAGUCCAUUUUGUGUACAUCCUAAUACAGAAACUUGUGAUGAUUUUGAUCCAUUAAGCUCACCAACAGUUAGCCUGUUGGUUGAUGAAUUGGAAAGAGCACAUGCUAUACAUCCAGUUACAAAAGAUUUUUAUUCAAAAACAUCUUUGAAAUCUCAUAUAAAAUAUUUUAAUGAAUUUGUCAGACAACUUCCAAAAGAAGUUCAUG